CUAUGCCUCCGUGCAACACCGAAUUUUAUCAAAGCCGCAACCACGUGCAAUCGUUUGUUUUUGAAGUUGUUGGUUUCAUCGGAAUAUUGUUCAAGCAUUGAAUGCAUAUCAAUUUAAAGACUAAAAUUGAAAACAUAAAAACAGCACCAUGAAAUUUGCUUACAAGUUCAGCAAUUUAUUGGGCACUGUAUAUCGAAGAGGUGACUUAUUGUUUAGCCCUGAUGGCAAUUCAGUAAUUAGUCCAGUUGGCAAUCGAAUCACAGUAUUUGAUCUAAAAAGUAACAAGUCCAAUACACUACCAAUUGAAAGUAAAUUUAAUUAUGUCACAUUGGAUGUCAGCCCCAAUGGCUGCAUGCUGGUUGCUAUCAAUGAAGAAGGUGAAGCACAUUUAAUAUCACUUGUAUCACAAACAAUAGUGCACAAAUACAGAUUCAAGGGUGCUGCACAUGCUGUUAAAUUUUCACCUGAUGGCAAACACUUUGCAGUGUGUAAAGAAUCAAAUGUAUUUGUAUUUAAAGCACCAGGUCCAUUCUCUGGUCAAUAUAAUGCAUUUAUCAUGGAGAGAGUUUAUCAUGGAGCAUUUGAUGAAACUACAUGCUUAGACUGGUCGACAGAUUCUAAAAUUCUUGCUGUAGGUUCAAAAGACAACGUGGCGCGUUUGUACGCGAUUGAAAAUUGCGCCAACUUCAAACAUUACUCACUCAGUGGUCACACUGAUCAUGUAGUGGCAUGUUUUUUUGAAGAAAACUCACUGGACAUCACAACCAUUGCAAGAAAUGGUCACACUUGCAUUUGGGAGUGUUCUAUUGAUGCAAAACAACUGCAACCCUGGCAGGAGAUGGAUAACAUGCCCCUGAAGAAGAUUAAAAAAGAAGACAGUGAUAGUGAAGAUGAUAUUGAUAUAACAAAGUCAAUUGAAGAUCCAGAUAGAGUUGCAGAGCAAUUGAAUGCGAUUGCACUUGCCGACAAGAAAGUCAAAAUCAAAAAAGAAAAAGUGCAUUAUCGCCGACUUUCUAUUCAUUACCUCCUGGAUGAUGUACGCAAGAAUGAUAAGGAUGCGGUGCUCAGCGCUGCAGCAUAUCACAAACAGAGUAAAAUCCUGAUCACUGGAUUCUCAACUGGUGCGUUUUAUAUUCACGAACUCCCUGAAGUGAAUUUAAUUCAUUCUCUGAGUAUAUCCAAUGAAAAAAUCAGCGCGAUAGCCAUGAAUAAUACCGGUGAUUGGAUUGCGUUGGGUUGUGGUGGAUUAGGUCAAUUGUUAGUCUGGGAAUGGCAGAGUGAAACUUAUGUUAUGAAACAGCAGGGACAUUCUAAUAACAUGUCCUGUGUUUCGUAUUCCUUGGACGGGCAGCAUUUGGUCACUGGUGGCGAGGAUGGCAAGGUAAAGUUGUGGAACCUUCAUUCUGGUUUCUGUGUGGUUACUUUUAGCGAACACACUGGACCAGUGACGAAUGUUGCCUUCUGCGGGAACAAAAAAUUUGUGGUUUCAUCUUCUUUAGAUGGAACCGUUCGAGCUUACGAUGUGAUUAGGUAUAGAAAUUUUCGUACUUUGACCACGCCGAGACCUGUACAGUUGCAAUCUGUCGCGGUGGAUGUUAGUGGGGAGUUUAUCGCCUCUGGAGGGCAAGAUGUUUUCGAGAUAUUUCUGUGGUCGAUGAAAUUCGGAAGACUUUUGGAGAUAUUAAGUGGACAUCAGGGACCAGUUUGGUCCUUGGCAUUCAAUUCGAAUCCUUCGAGCACCACAUUGGUGUCAGUUUCCUGGGAUAAAACUCUUCGAAUAUGGGAUGCUAUUGAGAAAGGUUCUGCUCAUGAAAGUAUCGAUAUUCCCGCUGAUGGACUCUGCGUAGCUUUUAAACCGGAUGGUCAAGAGGUAGCUGUGGCCACUCUCGAUGGACAAAUCACUACAUACGAUGUGAAAACGGGCACGCAGGUGAACACGAUCGAAGGACGGUCGGAUUUGGGCAGCGGGCGUCUUCAUGACGAUUUGGUCACAGCCAAACAAAGCCUCAAAGCGAAAUCUUUCACUACCUUAUGUUACACGGCCAAUGGCCAGUAUAUUCUAGCCGGUGGACAAUCAAAAAAUAUUUGUAUUUAUAAUAUAUCCGAGGGAUUGAUUGUGAAAAGAUUCGAAAUUACGCAAAGUCGGUCUUUUGACGGCGUUGACGACUUUAUCAACCGUCGGAAACUGACCGAAUUUGGUAAUGUUGCACUUGUUGAAGAGCGUGAUGAAAAAGAAGGCGGUACAGUUGUUUUAAAACUUCCCGGAGUGAAAAAAGGUGACAUGUGUGCACGUAGAAGCAAACCGGAGGUUCGCGUGUUUGAUUUGCAAUUUUCUCCCACCGGACAACAAUGGUCAGCAUGCACCACUGAAGGUUUAUUAAUUUAUUCACUUAAUUCGGGUGUAGUAUUCGAUCCAUGGGAACUACAGUUAAAUGUAACACCGAAAUCUGUUCAGGAAGCCAUUGAUGAAGGAGAGCAUGAGAAUGCGCUCACAAUGGCGAUGAAAUUAAACGAGGAUAAUUUAAUUACCAAAGCAAUGGAAACAAUACCAAUCGGCGAUGUUGGGUUAACUAUUGGAGGCCUAAGUGAAAAAUAUGUGCAGAGAUUGUUGCAGAUUAUCGCGAAUGCGCUUGAUAAAUCCAACCAUCUUGAGUUUUACCUGCAUUGGGCGAAAUGUGUAAUGUCCACGCAUGGAUUAAAGAUUAAAUCACAGCAGUGCCUUGCGCCCUUGUUGGAUUUACAAAAGAGUUUAUCCCGCAGGAAUGAACAGCUUUCUAAAUUGUGUGAUUUUAACAAGUAUACAAUGCAGUAUAUUUCAAAGAUGGCGGAGGUUGCUUUAGCUUCGACACAACCAACGCUCAAUUUUGAUAGCGCCGGAGAGGAUGUGUUAUUUUCUGAUGUAGAAGAAGAAUAAAUAAAUAUUAAAUCUAAAUAAUCUAAA